AUAACAUAUGUAUUUUUAAUUAAAUUUGUUCUUUAUUUUUUAUUUGCAAAAUUGUUUUACAUUUUGGACAUGAAUUCAACACAGAAAAAAUGUACGCUCCUGCAGUAAGUUGACACCACAUUUGUAAAAACAUUUUAUUGUAGUAUAUUUGUCAAACUUUAGUUUUGUAUUCUUCAUCUUUGUUUUUUUUUUUUUUUAAAAGUGUGUGAUGUCAAUAUAUAUUGCAGCAGAAGCCCUACCUCCCCAACCCACGCCAGCACUCCCACCCCAACCGCAAGCCCCACAACCACAGCCGGCUCCUCAUCAACCAAGGCAACGGAGGCGUGCUAGGCCACCAAUUUUCCGAACCCGUGUCCUACUUUUUGGGAUGCCAGAUGAUGUGGUGGUGCGUAGAUACCGGCUGCCACCACAUCUAAUCCUAGACACUCUCUCCAUAAUAGAGAGUGAUCUGGAGUCUGAAAUUCGGUAUCCUACAGCAAUACCACCAUUGACACAAUUCCUUGCAGUGUUACAUUUUUUGGCUACAGCCUCAUAUCAGCAUGUUGUGGGAGACCUGGUUGGCAUGUCGCAGGGCCAGUUCAGUAAGGUCCUGCGGCGUGUCUGCCAGGCUUUCCUAAAGCGGGUGAAGCAGUUCAUUGAUAUGCCUUUGGAUGUUGGUGCCCUAGAUGUGGUGAAGCGGCAAUUUGCGGAAGGUGGUAGUCGCUUCCCACAUGUUAUUGGGGUUGUGGAUGGCACACAUGUUGCUAUUCAGCCACCAAGACAUAAUGAAGAAAUUUUUAGAAACAGGAAACUGUUUCAUUCUCUGAAUGUAAUGGUUGUUUGUGGGCCAUCCCUCCAGAUCCUUUCCCUGAAUGCAAAGUUUACUGGAAGUUCCCAUGAUGCAUAUGUCAUUAGACAAUCAGGGAUAUGGCAGAGAUUAAGAUCAAGUCAACGAGCAGACAUGUGGUUAUUGGGAGACCGUGGAUAUCCUUGCACCCCCUGGCUCAUGACUCCUUACCGUAAUCCCAGGCCAGGACCACAGAUGGCAUUUAACUCCGCGCUUACUGCCACUAGGCAGCUGGUGGAGCGCACAAUUGGUGUCCUUAAAGGGCGGUUUCGUGUGCUCCACCGCACUGGUGGCGACAUCAUGUAUUCGCCGGAGAUGGCAAGUAAAAUAGUGGUCCUGUGCGCAAUACUACAUAAUAUCGCGGUAAGGAGUAGUGUAGAGCUUCCUCAGGCAGAGGAAUUGCCUGAUGAGGAGCCAGGGGUUGGUCCACGCUUCGGUGGGGGGAGUGUGACACGGAGGGGGAGCCAAGUGAGGGCAAGAAUUGUUGCAGAAUAUUUCAGCUGAAUGAUCACACGAACUGUGGACAACAACAACGGCAAAACUCCCCACCCCCUUCCCCUUCUCACUCCCCCUCCCCUUCUCACUCCCCCUCCCCUUCUCACUCCCCCUCCCCUUCUCACUCCCCCUCCCCUUCACAGUCCCCCUCAGCUUCCCAGUCCCCCUCAGCUUCCCAGUCCCCCUCAGCUUCCCAGUCCACCUCAGCUUCCCAGUCCACCUCAUCUUCCCAGUCCCCCUCAUCUUCCCAGGCCCCAUCAGCUUCCCUGGCCCACUCCACUUUCCAUUCCCCUUCUCACCACACCUCUCCAUCUCUUUCUGGGACCCCUUCUCCUCCUUCCCAUACCCCUUCUCCUUCAAAUUCAACAUCCCAAUCUGAACCCCCCUCACCCUCUAUUGCUUUAACUUUUUCUCCGCCCCCCUCGCCCUCUCAAUCAGACCCCCCCUCUGAAAUUGGCAAACAAAUCCAGCCUCCUUCCCCCAUCCAGCCUCCUGCCCCAAUCCCUCCUCCUUCCCCAAUCCCUCCUCCUUCCCCAAUCCCUCCUCCUUCCCCCAUCCAGCCGCCUUCCCCCAUCCAGCCAACAUCCCCACCCAGUGAAUGGGCAGAGGAAGCCCCUGCAGACCGUUCCGGGAGUCUGGAUGUUGCCGUGGAAAAUGUUGCCGUUGGAGAUCCAACAUCAAUACAGUACAUUUGUACACAUAUGAGGCAGCAUCUCCAGGCCUUGUUGGAACUUGUUGGGGACCUGGAAAAGUUAUGUUAAAUUUUAUUU